AUGGGUGGAUCCAUGCUGCUCCAUAGACUUCCCUUGAGAGUUGUGCUGUUGUUGUGCUCAUUGGUGGCUCUAUUCUCAGUUGUUACGGCGGAUGUAGUCCAAACAACAAAGCCCGGAUGCGCGAACAGAUGUGGCAACCUCACCUUCGCGUACCCAUUUGGGAUGAACAACGCCGGCAACGACUGCUACUUCAAAGAAUCAGACGCUUUUUUCAUCUUUUGCGACAACUCGACUGAUACUCCCACUCCUUAUAUGUACACCAAAGAAUGUUAUAAUUCGUUUGGCGGAUCCUCGUACAACAAUAAUCUUUCGCUCAUUAUUCCCGAUUUCCCCAUAUCUUCUGCCAAGAACAAAUUUAUCGCCGUGGGAUGCGACACGUACGCAACCUUCAGCGGCCGACAAGGAAGCACGUAUGUGACGGGGUGCUUGUCCUCAUGCGAGAGCUUCUCGGACGUGAUUAAUGGGUCGUGCUCAGGCAUUGGUUGCUGCGAGACUAGCAUACCUCGAGACGCCUACCAAUAUAACAUCUCUGUCAGUAGCUUCAACAAUCAUGCCGGCAUCUGGGAAUUCAAUCCAUGCGGAUACGCUUUCGUUGCCGAAGACGGCUUCUUUAGCUUCUCCACGGACAAUCUGCACGAGCCGCCAUUUGAUAUGGUCCCUAUAGUUGUCGAUUGGUUAAUUCCAGAUCAAACAUGCGAGGAUGCAAAGAAGAAUACAACGACCUACAUGUGCCAAGAGAACUCCAAUUGUACAGAUGCUGAGAAUGGAAACGGGUACCAGUGCCGCUGCUUGGAGGGUUUUCAAGGGAACCCCUAUCUACAAAAUGGUUGUCAAGAUAUCAAUGAAUGCGUGACUUCACAACCCUGUGUUGGAAUAUGUACGAAUUUGCCAGGAUCGUAUAAUUGUUCAUGUCCAGAGGGAUCCCAAGGAGAUGGAAGAAAAGAUGGCAAGGGUUGUACUCCUAUCAUCCAUGAAAAGAGGUUUCGCUCAAUUGACAUUGUGCUAGGUCAGUAAGUCGUACACAUUGCUCAAACCUUUUCAUCAUAUAAAAGCUUCUUUUAUCUUGUAAUUCAUUCACAUUCUUUAAAUGUUGUUAUUAUGUCAUUGUUCCAGCUUCUGC